AUGGACCAUCCACUACUGGAGAAACUGCCGCCCCAGCUGGGAAACUAUGUGCUGCAGGAGAUCCUUGGAUAUGGAACCUUUGGAAUUGUUGUUCGAUGCUUGAACACCAGGACUGGAGAAAUUGUGGCACUCAAAAUAUUUGAAAACAACAGUGAGGAUAUGGAGAGAGAACUUGGUAUCCUCCAGCAUCUGAGCAACAGCAUAGAUCCAGACAAAGUGAACAUCAUCAAAUGCUUUGAGCAUUUCCGACAUGAGGAUUAUGAGUGCAUUGCCUAUGAAGUUCUGGACCGCAGUUUCUAUGACUUCAUCAGGGAGCGUCAAAGGCCUUUUGCACUGAGCGAGUUGAGACCCAUAACUCAACAACUCCUUGUGGCCUUUGAGGCGCUGACGGAGGCACACGUGGUUCAUGCUGACAUGAAACUAGACAAUAUAAUGUUAGUUAACCACAAAGAUCAGCCUUAUAAAGUGAAGCUGAUUGACUUUGGCUGCGGAGGCUUCUUCUCCGAGCUGGAACAGGGCAUACGCAUUAUGACAGAUGGGUAUCGUGCUCCGGAGGUGACCCUAGGUGCUCCACUGUCUGGGGCAUUGGAUAUGUGGACCCUGGGCUGCUGCUUAGUAGAGGGCUUCUUGCACUGCCAACCUUUCUCCAACAUGUCUGACUAUGACAACCUAAGGACCAUCAUUCGCUUGGUAGAACAACCCAGCAAUGAGAUGCUCAACAGAAGCUUGUAUGCUGAAAAGUGCUUUCUUGAAAGUAGAUCCCAGUGGUCUUUGAAGACACCCUUUGAGUACCAGGCCUCAAACUGGAAAAAGCCUGAUAUUGGUGUGAGUCCUUUGGAUGACGCUCCAAAUCUUGAGGCCGCGAUUAUGUACGGCCAUGAAAAUAUGGACGAGGAUGUGCAGUCGGACCUGACGGCCUUUAUGGAUUUACUUAAAAAUCUGCUGCAGACGGAUCCAGAGAAGAGGAUAACUCCCAGUGAAGCACUGAGGCAUCCGUUCAUUACUAUGGAACAUUUAGUGAAUGUUGAUACUGAAUAUGUCACUAUUGCCCGUGAAUUGAUGUCGGUGACUCUCAACACCUCAGCUUCUGCUCUGACAGAAAACAAAGAAAAUGUAAAUGCAGAUCAGCCUCCACAGCUCUCUGCUGCUGUAGCGGAGAGAUCUGGCCCAUCUUUUGGAAAUCACAUCGAGAUAUCUCCUGAAGAGAAGGUGAACGAGGCUCCCCCGGAGCUAAAGGACUGCAUUGGUAUUGAAGAAAAAGUUAUUCUCCCAAAAGACGUGGUUAUCUGCCCUGAACACGAUGAGGAGCAGCUCAACUCAUGUUCCAUUGAGGUCGACCAAAAAACCCAGAUUGACAAAGAGCCAGAACAUGUUCUCGAACAUGUCGAGAUUGAAAUAGCAGACUAUUCUGAAGAUGACACUAAUGAGCCAUCGAACAGCACCUCCUGUUGGUCAGCUGUGAGAACUCUCUGCUUUGGAGUACAAACUGGUGGUGUGUUUCAUCCACAGCUCUUCUUCCACGACAACAAUCAGUUGAGCAUCCAUUUUGGGAGGAUGAAUGGCAGCUCUCUGGUGAACUUCAUUGAUAUCAAACAGCCGUUGGAGGCGGAGACGGUCACUAUGGAAGUCAUUUCAGACUUGACAGCUGCCGAAACUGUGAUCAAAGAAAGUUAUUCCCACAUCUCCACAUCCUCAACCUGCGGCAUUCGCCUGAAAAUGACUUUAGACAUGGCGACAAGAGUCAGCAACACAGAUGUGGACUUUAUUGUGAACUCUGACCAAUCUGCAACUCUUUAUUUGGGUGGAGGCAUUUUAGCAGUGGAUCUAACGGGCUGCCAGCACCAAGACCAGAGUUACUGGAUGAACGCCAAGGUCACUGACCUCUGUUUGGAGCAAACCUGCCUCUCCACGGGGCUGUGGAGCGCUCCGGCCCCUACCUGCUUGGACAGUGAAAGCUGUUUUGGAGACAACUUGUGUGGAAUGGAGACCACGUGUGUGGCAUUUGGGAACAGCAUGGUGGACUUUACCCAAAUGAGCAACCAGAUCUCAAACUUCUGUAAUAACACACUGCUGCUGUCGCCCGAUUUCACGGUGACGGGUUCUUACGCAUCACGCCGAAACACUGAGGUGCCAUUUCUACAGAGCGUCAAUCUGACAACGACAGGAUACGUGACGCUAAAACACGGAGGAGUGGUGCUGACGAAACAGGAGAACGGUGAGGAGGUGGAGGUGGACUUGAGCUCGUCUGUGGUGACUCUGUACGGUGUGGAGCUCUCCAAAAGCCCCCGCGGAGUGAGCGCUACUUUCACUGAUUCAACCCUACGCUCCUUCACUGUACUGUACGACGGGACUCUGCUGUCUAUCAACAUGAAGGCACCACGCUAUUCGAGUCUAGUGAGCGGCCUCUGCCAAGGCUUUGCUCCACCCGGGAGCAAUAUUGACUGGAAUCUGUCUGAAGACAACUGUGACGUCGUCGUCCCAGACUCAGACAAAGACGACAUCGACUGUGACGCGGUGACAGAGAGGUGCAGUGCAGAGCUCACGUCUCUGAAGGAUGCCUUCGGAUGCCACUUCUCCAUAGCUCCUUUUGUGGACAGCUGCUCCAGAGACCUGCUGUGUUUGUACCCGGAGGAGGACGGUCUGCUCUGCGCCGUGAAAGACGCCUUUGCCACGACGUGCGGCUUUGGCGACGAGUGGAGGAGCGCCGCAAACUGUGCACUGUCCCCCUGUGUGGACCACGCCUGUGCUGACCAUGAGUUCUGUGCCAUUAACGCCGUGGGUGAUCCGGCAUGUUUCUGCCAGGAUAUUGUGGCCACGCCCUACAGGACUGCCGGCACUUACGGUGAUGUGAGCUGUGACUCCGCCUCUGUCUCCGCCUCCCUCCUAACCUGUUUUCUGGAGGAGAAGGGGGUGGAGCCUUCCACUGUGCACCUUCUGGACCCCAGCUGCACCUCAGUGUCCCAGGACCAGAGCAAGAGCCUCCGCUUAGACUUCAGCUCCACCAACCUGUGUGGAGGCACCAUCAACGACACUACAGAUCAGGUCGUCUUCUCCAACAUCAUCUCAAACACUGUGAAUAGCUCUGCGGAUGUCGUCAUGUACCAGAACCCACUGUCCAUUCACUUGUCCUGUGCCUACAAACCCACGAUCACUACGGCAACCAUCACCAUCUCAGACGGCUCUGUGACCCUGGUCUACCCCGCUGGAGAGUUCCUGUACAACAUCACCAUUAGCCUGUUCACAGACGAGGACCUCUCGAUGGCCGUGGGGCAGGACACUACUCUGUUACUGAACCAGAAGCUGUGGGUGCAGCUGGAGGCUGAGGGCGUGGGGGGCUCGGACCUGGCUCUGUUCAUCCAGGACAGCUGGGCCACACCCUCAACGGAACCCACGGACAGCCCCCGUCAUGACAUCAUCACACAGGGAUGUGAGAACUCUGAAGACUCCGUGGACAUCAUCUCGAACGGCGUGUCACUGACUUCAGUCUUUGCCUUUCGCCUGUUUGAGUUCAUUGAAGCGCCCUCUGCUGGUCUCAGUCUGCACUGUCAGCUCAGGCUGUGCAUCGUCGGCAGCAGCUGCACCAUGCCCACGUGUGCGUAA